UCAUCCAAAUUAAACAUGGGUCACCAUUCUUGCUGCAAUCAACAAAAGGUCAAGAGAGGCCUUUGGUCCCCUGAGGAAGAUGAAAAGCUCAUUCGAUACAUUAACACUCAUGGCUAUGGGUGUUGGAGUGAAGUCCCAGAGAAAGCUGGUCUUCAGAGAUGUGGGAAAAGUUGUCGUUUGAGAUGGAUUAAUUAUUUGAGGCCUGAUAUUAGAAGAGGCAGGUUUACUUCUGAGGAAGAGAAGUUGAUUAUUAGCCUUCACGGGGUUGUAGGAAACAGAUGGGCUCACAUUGCAAGUCACUUGCCUGGAAGGACAGACAAUGAGAUAAAGAACUACUGGAAUUCAUGGAUCAAGAAGAAGAUACGAAAACCUUCAGCACCUCCAACUAACACUGCUUCCAGUACUGAUCAGCAUUCCCAGAUAAAUUAUGCUUCAAACCAACUAGAGUUAGUAAAUCAGGACUUGACGACAAGGGCAGUGCCUGCUCAAGAAACCCUAUUUUCUUCUUCAGCCCCAUUAUUUAUGUUUGACACAACUCCACUUGAUGGGAUUCAAGAUGCUAAUGUAAGAGGAGAGCUUUUUCAUGAAUCAGCUAAUUUAAACACCGAGACUUGGAAUCUCAAUCAGCAUCAAGUUCAAGUAUUUCCUCCUUCAACUUCUUUCACAACCAGUAUGGAUAUAAAUAAUUAUUUGCCACCAUUGGUAGAGAACAUGGAAAACAUGGUGCCUGUUGAAGUCCAAUCUUGUAGCAUUGAAGAGGAAGGAGAAAUAACACUUGAGUGCUUGCAGAGACAGCAGCAGGAGUUUAAUGAAUGGGUUGAAUCCCAGCAGUGCUCAAACUUUCUGCUCUGGGACAAUAUUGAAGGACAACUUGGUGGGGAAGCAAUAGAACCAACUUCAUCAAAUAUGGGAACUACACUAUCUUCAUUCCCGUUUUUGAAAAAGCAGUUUGCUUUUCUUUUCCUUUCUGCUUUUUGUAACUUUAUUGGUCAUGAGCUUGUGAAAUUUCUAACCAAUGUGCAUUGGGAGGGAAACUACAAUUACUUCUUAAUUAAGAUUGUUUUGAUGUUUUCUCUAACUCUACAGUCUACAUUAAACAUUGAAACUGCAGACUUGCUUAAGCAGAAACGUUUAUCCUUGUUUGAAGUUAUAGCUGAAGUUGUUAUAGCUAGGCCUGAAGCCAAGACAUAUCAUCAUUUAAAUAAGCGAUCGAAAAUUCCACAAGUUUUAUUGCCACAAACUCGGUUAAAUGUCAACCUGAAGAACUUUUCCACAUCACUGUAUGUGACGUACAUAUAUGUCUAUCCAAAAGUGAUUGGGCUGUAUAAGACUAUCUUCGCUGCUGCAUCUUUUCUCAUUGCAGCCAUGGUAACUUUCUCUCUUUCUCUAUCUCUUUGUUUGAUUAUUCCAGAAAAGAAUCGCCGCGAGAUCUCCAAGUACCUCUUCCAAGAGGGUGUUUGCUAUGCAAAGAAAGAUUACAACAUGGCAAAGCACCCAGAAAUCGAUGUUCCAAAUCUUCAAGUAAUAAAGCUGAUGCAAAGCUUCAAAUCAAAGGAAUACGUGCGUGAAACUUUUGCUUGGAUGCAUUAUUAUUGGUACCUUACCAAUGAUGGCAUUGAGUUCCUGAGGACUUACCUUAAUCUUCCAUCUGAGAUUGUUCCUGCUACUUUGAAGAAACAAACUAAGCCUGCUGGUCGUCCCAUGGGUCCUCCUGGUGACCGCCCACGUGGUCCACCACGCUUUGAUGGUGAGAGGAGAUUUGGUGACAGAGAUGGCUACCGUGGAGGUCCACGAGGAGGGGGUGAUUUUGGUGACAAGGGAGGAGCUCCUGCUGAUUAUCAGCCUUCAUUCAGGGGCCCUGGUUCAAGGCCUGCCUUUGGUCGUGGAGGUGGUGGUUAUGGUGCUGGCCCUGCAGGCGGUGCAGCUCUACCUUGAAAGGAUACUUUUUGUUGACAGAUGGUUGUCACUUUAGCUUUAUUGGCACUUGAAGUUAAUAGAAGUACCUGUCUAAUGCCUCGGUGUUUGAUAAUUUUAGUUGUUUGGUGCAUAUAAAAUAUCGCUUCUCCUUGCUUCAUUUAUUUGGAAUUUAGAACAAUGUUUUCUUAGAUCUGAUCAGUAUGCACAUUUUAUUGUUGCGAUAAGUGCUUGAGAUAUCUAUAUAUCGUUUUCUUCUUUUUGGUUUC